AUGAAAAUACUGAGAUUUAUCCAUUUACUACUUUGGUAUCUUACUUGGGACUACCUAAGUCUUGUCCCUUUGGUGUUGGGCCUUUCUGAACAAGGACACACUCACCCAGGACCUAAACUAGAGGUUCCAUUUGCAGGAGGGAAAGAGAAGACUCCUUUAUUGAAGGCCAACACAACUAGGUCAGGAAAUAUUGGCCAUGGAGUAGGUGCUGCAAAAGCUAGGAGCAAGAAUACAGUUGCCCAGACCAGAGUUCUCCUAAUUAAAAAUGAUGAGGCAAAGAAGGAAUCUCUGAAAAGACCCACUCUUGAAACAAAGAAUGGCAACACUGAGAAUAAGCAUCCUGGGGAGAAAAAUGUGAAUACAAGGCCAUUACUACUUGGUGGAAAGGCCUCUACCAAAGUUGUCAAUGUCCAUGCAGAUUCUGCUGGAUUUAAACCUAAAAAAUCUACAAACCCAAUUACAGAGAGACAACAAAAAGACACUUUUAAGCACCCCCUUAUUACUCCUCAUGAGUAUAUGUUAUCACUGUACCGAGCUCUAUCUGAUGCUGAAAGGAAAGGUGUGAAUGGAAGCCUGAAACUUGAGGCAGGCUUAGCUAACACUAUCACCAGUUUUAUAGACAAAGGUCAAGAUGAGCGACUGGCGGUAACAAGAAGACAAAAAUAUAUUUUUGACAUCAAUGCACUCGAAAAAGAUGGUUUGCUGGGGGCAGAACUGCGUAUUCUAAGAAAAAAACCCACAGAUGCCAAAUUUCAGCUUUCUGGAAAGUUUUCCCAGAUAAAGUUGUACAUUUGCCCAGCAAAUAAGAGGCCAGCUACUCUUUUGGACUCUCGGGCACUUAGUAACAGCGACACAUCAAAGUGGGAAGUUUUUGAUAUUUGGAAACUUUUCAAAAACUUCAAAAACUCUGCUCAUCUAUGUUUUGAACUAGAGGUGUUGGAAAAGGGAAAGCCUGUUGACUUAAAGACUGUGGGUUUUAACAGAACUGGUCGUCCAACUAAUGAGAAAGCAAUAUUUCUUGUCUUUGGUAGGACAAAGAAACGGGACUUGUUUUUUAAUGAAAUCAAAGCCAGGUCUGGCCAAGAUGAUAAAACUGUCUAUGAGUAUUUAUUCAACCAAAGAAGGAAAAGAAGAGCCCCUUUUUUAUCCAGAAAGAGGCCAAAUAAAAAUUCAAAAGCAAGAUGUAGCAAGAAACCCCUUCACGUCAACUUCAAGGACAUGGGGUGGGAUGACUGGAUUAUUGCACCUUUGGAGUAUGAGGCUUACCAUUGUGAAGGACUUUGUGAAUUUCCUCUUAGAUCUCAUCUAGAACCCACAAAUCAUGCAGUAAUCCAAACACUGAUGAAUUCCAUGGACCCAGAGUCUAGUCCCCCUACCUGCUGUGUUCCAACAAGGCUGAGCCCGAUCAGUAUUCUGUACAUAGACUCUGCCAAUAAUGUGGUCUACAAGCAGUAUGAAGACAUGGUUGUUGAGUCUUGUGGCUGCAGGUAG